AUGCCGUUUGGUCUGAAGAGCACAGGAUCCACUUAUCAGAGAAUGAUGACAAGAAUGUUCGAGCCACAGUUGGGCAAGAGCAUCGAAAUCUAUGUCGAUGACAUUGUGGUGAAGAGUAAAGUGGUGUCCAAGCAUUUACAGGACCUCGGCAGCACCUUUGGCGUCUUGAGGAAGCAUAAGUUGCGCCUGAAUGCUUCCAAGUGCUCAUUUGGCGUGGGAUCAGGCAAUUUUUGGGCUACAUGGUUACUUAUAGGGGAAUUGAGUCCCGAGGCUGAUGAAGUUCUGUACGCAUAUAUUGCUGUGGCCCUCCAUGCUGUGAGCUUGGUGCUAAUACGGGAUGAUAAUGGCCUCCAAAAGCCAGUCUAUUACGUGAGUAAGUCGUUUCAUGAAGCUGAGUCUGUACUUCGAACCGUUGACAUCAAAUAUAUGCCUCAGACCUCUAUAAAGGGCCAGGUCCUAGCUGACUUAGUGGCCGAAUUUGCUGAACCACCAGUAGAAAUAGUAGCAAAGGAGCAGAACAUGGAUGGAAAAUUGGUUAGAGUAAUCUCUACACCAGGACCCCCAUGUUGGAAGGUGUACGUUGAUGGUGCAGCAAAUCAAAGGGGAUUCGGAGUGGAGCUAGUCCUAAUAUCUCCCGAGAAAACCAUCAUAGAGAAGUUCCUAAGACUUGCGUUCUCGGCCACGAACAACGAAGCCGAGUAUGAGGCCCUGCUACAAGGAGUUGCCAUGGUACAGAAAACUGGAGGAAAAGCAGUGGAGAUGUUCUCGGACUCGAGACUAGUAGUGGGCCAGGUAAAGGGAGAAUUAGAGGCCAAAGACGUAAGGAUGCAAGAGUACUUAAGGCAGGUCAAACGCUUGCAGUCGGGCUUCGAUCUUUUCAGCUUGUCGCAUGUCUCCAGAAGUGGAAACACUCAUGCAAAUUCACUGGCCACGCUUGCCACCUCCUCGGCAGAGGAUCUGCCUCGAAUUAUUCUUGUCGAGCAUCUAGAUAGAGCGAAUGAAGUAGCCAAAAGCAUGGUCCAUGUUCAUGAGGUUAGAGUGGGCCCUAACUGGAUGGACCGUAUGGUGAGGUUCCUCAAAGAUGACAUCUUGCCCAAGGAAAAGUCGGAGGCGGAGAAAAUACGAAGAAAAGCUCCUCGGUUCUGGUUGUCCGAGGACCAUAAAUUGUACAAACGCUCAUAUUCCGGGCCAUAUUUACUGUGUGUCCACCUUGAGGCAUCAGAACUACUGCUUGAAGAGCUGCACGAAGGGAUCUGCGGGAGUCACAUAGGAGGAAGAUCCCUGUCGCACCGAGCCAUUACCCAGGGAUAUUGGUGGCCGGGGAUGCAGAAGGAAGCCCUGGAAUACGUUAAAAAGUAUAAUGGACUCCAGUUUGACAGCAAGGCAUUCAGAAGAUACUACUGCGAGCUGGGGAUCACUAACAGGUACUUAACUCCAGCUUAUCCUCAAGGAAAUGGGCAAGCCGAGGCUGUCAACAAGGUCAUAGUUAAUGGGCUUAAGAAGAGACUGGAUGACGCCAAGUGA